AAAUAGAACCAGCAUUGUGAGAUUACUACUGUUCACGACCCGACAACAUGGAAAUGAUGUCAUUGAUGUACUUUGCUUCAUGGUACACGAAAUGCCCUGCUUCCAUAUCCACUCGGCAAAAAUCGGAAAGAGUUUAUAUACAAAGAUAUGAUGUUUGGAAAUGGAAAGCUUUCAAGUCACCUCUGUUAAAGAGGCCUUGAAAUUGCCUCAAGAUGCCAAGAUGACAAUGGCAGUACAAGUGCUGCAAGUGGAAAGUGUCCAGUCCUACACUAAUGCCCAAGACACUAAGCAGUCAUACUUUCCCUGCCUGGUUGGUGAUUCUUCAGACUGUGCGUGGCUGAGGGUGUACCAGGUGCCCAAGAUUACCCAGUUUUCAACCGGAACCAGCCUUUUGUUGAGAGGAGUUCUAAGAAAAUCCGGAGCACAGCCAUUCUGGUGUCCAGGAUCAACAAAAGUUUGUCCUUGGAUGGAUGUUAUUGUGCCAGACAAUGUAAAAGCUGCAGCGCAGCAACUUCCAAAAGAAAUGAAGACCGCAACAAGACCCUUAAAUGAGGCAAUUGCUGGGACAUCCCCUUCAACAGUAACAGGGAAAAUAACACAGGUGUCUCCUUUGAAGAGAUUCCAUGACAACACACUGAGUUCAAAGUUCCUGAGGCUGGUAGAUGAUGCUCAACAACCCCCUGUGAAAGUGGCCUUGUUUGGCAGAGAGGCUGAACAAGCAUAUUCUCCAGGAGAUGUGAUAAGGAUCACAGACACAUACCCAUACAAGAAAACAAAUUCCUUAUCAACGAAGAAAUCAGCUAAAGUUGAGUUCCUCCCCCAGGAACAUAUCCCCAUUGACGUUACAACAAUCCCAUCUACUGAUGAUGCUGAUUUUAAAGCAGAUGAAACAACCGUUGAGGCAAUCACUGUCAUUGCUGCCCAGAGUGCGUACUCAUACCAGGCAUGUGACAAGCCAAUUUGCAGAAACAAGAAGAUCCUGGACGAUGGGACUUGCCCAACCUGCCACAAUAAGCCCUCUACAGAAGCUCAUUAUUCCUCUGCCUUACUUAACAUCGCACGAGAAAAUAACAAUUUCAAUGAAAUAAGAAUCUUCCAGGACAAUCUAUUGAAACUUUUUCCUGACAUACCCACAAAUGACAGUGCUGCAAUGAUGACACAUAUGAAAAGUGCAGUUCCUGUGUCUGCAAAGGGCCGCUUCACUCGAACAGGACUUGAAAUUCUCUCAACCAAAAGAAAACAGUGCUCAUGACUUCCAUAUAUGUAACACUUCUAAACCCAACCUGCCAUAGAACUAAUCACUGAUCAGCCCCAUCACUGCCGUAGAACUUUUGAUAUCUUGUGUUUUUUAAUCAUAUCUUAUCAGGGAUAGUGUUAAAUGUGCUAAAGCUAAUUAGUUGUUUAUUUAUCUUAUAAUACAU